UACUGUGACGUAGGUAACUGAAACUUAAAAGGUUACAGCACUUUUAGGGUCGGGGCUGGUGUUAUUGUUCGAGCUGAAGAGUUUGGGGGAAGCCGAGGCUUUGUUAAUUUUGUGGGGGAUGUAAGCUAUAAUUGGAAGCAUGAUUUGGUAAAAAAUUAGGCGCACACAUGCUUGACCUGGAUGUUACUUUUGAUAUUAUAGCAACACAUUUAGACAGGCUGAGGUAAGCUAGCAAGCUCGGUCCCAAAAGAAGCCGAUGGAUGCGCGGGUAUUGGAGUUAUUUGGGUCAACAAGCGGGCACGGCUCCGGUGGAUCUCAGGGAUCUGCGUCUAACCACAAGCCGGGAAAUGGCAACGGGGUUAUCUCGAAAAAGGCUGGUGCAAAGAACAAGAAAGCAAGAGCUCGAUUCCCUCGAAACUUCAAACCAAGCAAUAACACCCCAUAUCUACCCCCAGAGGCUGAAGAGGGAAAUAUAGAGUACAAGCUAAAGCUGCUAAACCCCACACAAAACCGCUUUGAGCACCUGGCAACACAAAUGAAAUGGCGCCUGCAGGAGGGUCGUGGCGAAGCCGUCUAUCAAAUAGGUGUGGAGGACAAUGGCAUGCUGGUGGGACUGUCAGAAGAGGACAUGAGGGCGUCACUGAAGACACUCCAUAGGCUGGCCGAGAAAGUGGGUGCUGACAUCGCAGUUCUUAGAGAACGGGAGUUAGAUUGUGACUCCGAUGUUCCUCGGAAGAUUGCUGAAGUUCUCAUAAGAAAGGUGCCAGAUGACCAGCAGUUCUUAGACCUACGAGUGGCAGUCCUGGGUAACGUGGACUCUGGUAAGUCCACUCUGUUGGGUGUUUUAACACAGGGCGAGCUGGACAAUGGACGGGGAAGAGCGAGACUCAACCUCUUCAGGCACCUGCAUGAAAUCCAGACUGGGCGCACCUCAAGUAUCAGCUUUGAGAUCCUUGGCUUCAACAGCAAGGGAGAGGUUGUAAAUUACAGCGAGUCUCGGACUGCAGAGGAGAUCUGUGAGAGUGCCUCUAAAAUGAUCACGUUCAUAGAUCUGGCCGGUCACCACAAGUACUUGAAAACUACCAUUUUUGGCCUCACCAGCUACUGUCCAGAUUUUGCUAUGCUGGUUGUUAGUGCAAACACCGGCAUUGCUGGUACGACUAGAGAACAUUUGGGUCUCGCCAUGGCCCUGAAGGUGCCCAUCUUCAUCGUUAUCAGCAAAGUGGACCUCUGCACCCGAGCCACUGUGGAGCGCACAGUGCGGCAGCUGGAGCGCGUCCUGAAACAACCAGGUUGCAAUAAAGUGCCCAUGGUUGUUAGCAGUACAGACGAUGCAGUCACAGCAGCGCAGCAGUUUGCGCAGUCGCCCAACAUCACACCAAUCUUCACCUUAUCCAGCGUGACUGGUGAGAGCUUAGACAUGCUCAAGGUCUUCUUUAACAUCAUCCCUCCUCUCAGCAACAGCAAGGAGCAGGAAGAGCUUAUGCAACAGCUCACUGAGUUUCAAGUCGACGAGAUCUACACAGUUCCAGAAGUGGGGACGGUGGUAGGAGGUACUCUGUACAGCGGUAUUUGUCGUGAGGGGGAUCAUCUUGUGGUAGGGCCCACCGAAUUAGGCCAGUUCCACAAACUGACUGUCGGCAGCAUCCAAAGGAACCGCUCGGCAUGCAGGGUACUCAGGGCAGGCCAGGCUGCAACGCUUGCUCUGGGAAACUUUGACCGCUCGCUAUUGCGCAAGGGUAUGGUCAUGGUGAGUCCAGAGAUGGAUCCUACCAUCUGUUGGAUGUUUGAGGCUGAGAUCGUCCUGCUUUUCCAUGCCAAGACCUUUCACAAGGGCUUCCAGGUCACUGUGCACAUCGGCAAUGUGAGACAGACCGCCACAGUGGAAGCUGUGUAUGGCAAGGAAGAGUUGAGGACAGGGGAGAAAGCAGUGGUUCUCUUCAAGUUCAUCAAGCACCCGGAAUAUCUGAAGGUGGGGGCUAAGGUGCUCUUCAGGGAGGGCGUGACCAAAGGUAUUGGUCAUGUCACCAAUUUACAACCCAUUUCCCAUCAUCACCAACAUUUUCAUGGGCAAGAUGAGAAAGCCUGAAGUUUUUCAGGCAACCACAGCUUUGAAAACUCCGUCGCAGCCCAAAAAACAAGGAGCUUUAUUAACUACAUCCCACCUCCCAAAGACCACUGGGAACUCUCCCAGCACAGUAAACAUCUGCUGCAGAAUCUUGUUUUUGUCAACUUUUUCCAAAGCCUCCUUGUUUUAUCUUCUUCAAAAUUUUAAAUUUCUGAUCAUUUUAUUCCUAUACUGGUAUUCUGGUUCAAAUUAGUUGCAUUUCUUGGCACUGAUAUAAGGAACUUCCAGAAGCCCAACACCACAUCCCACUGAAACAUCUCAAUAAUGUUGAGGGGAAAAAAAGAGAAACAGAAACGAUUUCACAUCUGUGUUAAAGAGCAGCUAAUAAAGUUUACUCCAAAAUGCCCUCCACACACAUAUACACACACUGUUCUGCAUUGAACUUAAAAAGCCAGCAAUGAUAGCUGUGUGGUAGAUAACUCUUUGCUAAGAAUGAGCUGCUUUAACAUUAAUGUUUAAUUGUAAAAGAAGGCAUCAUCAUCAUCAGUGACCAACAGAAACUGAUCUUUUACCAGCAUAGUGCCUGAUAAACCUCUGAUCAUAGAAAAUACUCAAAAGGUGUUUUAUAAACCAAAACUGCCUUGGAGAUCCAGCUUUUGGGGGGAAAACUGUAUUUAGACUGCAAAGAUAGCUUCCAACUGCCAACUCUGACCUACAAACUAUCGGCUGUCAAAGAGAGCUGGAGUAAUUUAAAAUGAUGAAUCUAGAUUAAGAUAAAAUGUUAAAUGAAAGAAAAAAAAUAAGAUGGAGUCAGAGGAAUUUAAAGUUUAAAACUCAGAACUACCAUUGUUUUAUAGGUGUUUGCUUGUACUUUGCUUUUGCAUACUACAGAAUUAAUGUGUUAUGCUGGAUGGCCGAUCAGAUGGAUCUGAAUCAUCAGCAAUAGCAUCAUAAAAAAACACGUUGACCUGGCUAGGAAAUAAAAGCAUUUAGGGUUGAGGAAGGGAGGAUUUACAGCUGCGUUACAAAAACAUGAGAGACACAGUUUCAAAGAUGUUUAUAAAGUCUAAACAUCCCCAACAACUUCUUUCUUACUCCCAGUUAGUCAGACCAUAUCCUGUUAGUAGACUUAUUUAAGGGUAAAAGCAGACAGUAUAUUUGUGUCAGGCACAGCUCAUCAGAGUGAAGAUGCUGCUGAUGAAGAGGGCAUUUAAAGAAUAUGAAGAGGCUAUAUGCAGGAAUCUGGUUGAGGUUGCGUAUCAGUUUGUAAAGAUUGCUUGGGUUGUCUAGGUUUAUCUGGUGAUAUUUGUUUGUUAGAAUCUGUUUUUAUUCACAAGUAAUGCCUCACGAUAGCAUGGUGAGAUUGUUAGAAUCUUGCCAGCUAUCUCUCAAGUGCUUUAGUUACUCAGGGCAGCACAGACCUUAUAGUAGUGACAGCGUUCCGUUUUUACAGAACCUUUCUGAGGUUUCUGUUGCUGAUUGGGGGAGUCGGUGAUCUGAGGAAAGCCAGAGAAAUUUCUUUUUCCCAAAGAUUAUGUGCUGUUCAUUAGUGCGUGAAACCGGCUCCUGAUGCAACUUUCUUUCAAAGCAAUGAUCUUGGAGGUACUUGAAGUCAUCUCUUUAGUUAUGUUACUCAUGUCACAAUCUUGCAAGGGUUUCAAAUACAGUGCCUAGUGGAGCUACUGCCUAAGUAGCCCUCCAACACACCCCACAGUUUUACAACUGGAGGGAUUUUAUUAUUUUUGUUUUUGGCUGGUGCUACAACCAGAAAGUUUCUGAUAUUUCUGACAACUUUAAAAGUGAAUGUUAUUCAACAUUGUUUUGUGUUGCAUGUUGGGCCUGGUUUCUACUCACAUCUUUGUUUCGUAGCACAGAUAUUGUAAACGUACCAUUUAUGUGCAAAGAGGAGAAAAUUUAAUAACAAAUUUCAACCAAAUUGUUUAUAGCAUUAACAAAGAGUUCAGGUAAUAGUUUGUUUUUAAUACAUCACAGUUUUGAUAUUAUGGAUUUCUAGUAGUUGAAGAUUUUGCAGUUUUUAAUCGUUGCUGUCUUUUAACACCAGCACAUUUUGGUUCUCUUUUAAAAUCAAGUACAAGAUCUGUUUUUUCUUUUAAUUGACUUUAAAAUAUUUUGAUAAUUAUCUGGGUGAAAUGCAAUUGUUAUGUACAGAUCCAAUUCAUUGUGUUCAUAAAUAAAAACUAUAUUACCUCCUGAA